AGAAGAGAAAGCCAGAAGGUAAUAGCUGAUUGGCAGUAUGUCAGAAGCCGAUGCUGUAUUGCUGCCUGCUCGAAUCAACAUCCCUCUACGAGUUACCUCAUUCCUGUGGUUGUUCUCUUCUGCUCUGAGAGACCGGUCAGUCUCUGCUCGGUUAACAGGUAUGGGAGAGACUCCUGGGAAUAAUGUGAAUGUAGCUAGAGUGUUCCUAAGGUGCAUACUAGGGCUUCUUCCUCUAGUUACCGUUGUAGCUGAACCAGCACUUGCAGCUGUAUAUUCCGGGCGAGGAGCGUAUUGUUUCUGGGUUGUGUCUGCUUCCCGCUGUGCAGCUUCCACUUCCUUUCUUUGUUCUCUGGGAAUAAGUAGCAUGAAGAGUUCAUCUGUUGUCCGUAGGUCCCUGGCUGAGUUAUCAUGUGUAGCUAAGUACGAUCUGCGUUCUGCUGUCAGUUAAGAAUCUCCUCCUCUCUUUGUUCGGAUGGGAACUAUUGUAUCUGUUGUUAACCCUUGUAUCUGGCUACGCCGCCCUUAGAAGCAGAGUAGCCAGUCCAGUAGGUGUAGUUAGUUAUCUGUUCAAGUAGGUAGGAGGAACCCAGCUUCUCCUAUCUCAUAGGAGGAACCCGUAGAAUCAAUAUCUUUUCUUUCU